AUGGAGUCGGAACCUUUUCAAAGCAGCGGCUCAGAAUAUAUCGUAAAUGAAAAACUGUCAGUAUCUGAUGACACCGAACCAGAAGAAGAAAGUGCAUGGUCGGUGCCACCAAAGGGAAAACGAGUUAAAGCUAAUAAAACGAAUAAAAUUAAGGAUUAUUUCAUAAUCGAGCAGGAUCCUAAGAGUAAGAAAACUAUUGACAAACAAGGCAAAUGUACCCUAUGUGUCACCACUAGUUGUUCAGAAAAGUUUCAACAAGACAAAUUUCAAAAACUACUUGUGGAAUAUAUAGCACAGAAGUAUCUCCCUUUCAACUUUUUUGAAGAUGCUAUAAGUGGAAAAAUGUACAAAUUCCUAAAUCCAAAGGCAACUCUACCUGGUCGGAAUCAAAUGAAAUCUUUGACAUUAAAAACAUUUGCAGCAGCGCAGCAAACAAUUAAGUCAUUUUUGAAAACAUGUAAUUCAAAAAUCUCGUUCACAAUCGAUGGAUGGUCUUCUUUUAAUAUGAAGAGGUACUAUGGUAUUACCGCCCAUUUUAUCGAUAAAAAUUGGAAACUUCAUUGUAUCCUUCUAGAUUUUGUGCCAGCACAUGAACAACAUACUGGUAAUGCAAUUGCAAAGCUAUUUUUCGAAAUAUUACAAUUCUACGAUGUUACAAAAUGCAUACAAGGUAUUACUACCGACAAUACAAAUAGUAAUUUUACGUUCAUCAGAGAACUUCAAACGCAUAUUUCUGAAAUCGAUACAAAAAAUAUCCGCUUUGUAUGUUUUGCACACAUCUUAAACUUGGCAGCUAGAGAUUUUAUGAAAAUCCUUGAUUCUGAGGUUGAAGAAACCGCCAACAUUUUGACAGAUAUAUCAGAUGAUGAUGAUGAUGACUGUCAAGUUCCGCCCUCUUCUGUAAGAAAAAUCCAUUCCCUUGCUAAAAAAUUAAAAAACUCUGAACAUUUACGUGAAGAUUUUGAAAAAUUUUGCACCACUUUAAACCUGAAAUUUACUAUGCCAAAACUUGAUGUCAUAACAAGGUGGAACUCCACGUUAGACAUGUUGAGAUGGAGUCUAAAUAUGAGAAACGCACUUAACAUCCUUUGUGAUAAUGUAAAAAAAUUAAAAACUUUAAAGCCAACCGACACAGAAUGGUCGUUAAUUGAACGAAUUUGCCAGUACCUUAAUGUUUUUAAGAGUAUUUACAUAAUUUUAGAAGGUGAAUCAUAUGCUACUUUACCCAUGGUAAUAAUCGACAUUAAUAUGUUGCUGGAUAGACUAGAAUCGUGGGCUAUGGUACAUGACAAUAAACCUGAUCGAGAUGAAAUCGAUGAAAAGAUUAUAAAUAGUAUUCAAGGGGCAAGGGACAAAAUCAUUAGACAUUACGAACGGACUAACUGGAUGUACUGUGUUGUCCUGAUUUUAGACCCCCGACAUAAAGUGGAUACAUUCUCCAAUACAAGUUGGGGAAAAGAGUUGCAGAUAGAAGCAAUUAAACAUUUUGAAGAUAUUUUUAAAGCACAAUAUUUUAGGGCUGACUCUCUGCAAAUUUCUGAACCAUCACUUCAAGUAGCAGCAUCUUCAAACCCUAGUAAAGAUAGUAGUGUCGAAAAGUUUGAAAUAGAUCUACUAAGUUUGUUUAAUAUAAAACCUGCCCAUAAUGCAGACGACGAUAUGGCCUGGCGUUACGAAAUCGACAAGUAUAUUUCUGACCCAAGAGCUGACAGUACUGAAGAUAUUUUAGAAUGGUGGAAGAGACACGAAUGCAUUUUUCCAAACCUUGCCGCAAUGGCCGAAGACUUUUUGGCAACGCCAGCUUCUUCAGCUCCAGUUGAAAGGCAGUUUUCUAGAGCUGCCUUAACUCUUACCAAAACAAGAAAUCGAUUAGGCGAUAACUCCGUGUGUCUCAAAUCAUGGAUGGCAAAUGAGGAUAUUAAAGAUUUAUUUUAG